UAAAAACGAAGAAAAAUGCUUGCGCUUUCCCAUCCUCAAACAAAGAAACAACCCAUACAUUGUACGAACCGCUCUCUCCAUUGUUCUUACUGCUUGAUUUCGAUGAAAAUGGUGGAAGAAACUAACCAACCCGAAUUUCAAUCCUCCGCAUCAACCACCGUAGUCAAACGAAAAUCCUCAUGGCCGUCCGUUCUCCGUUGGAUUCCGACAUCUACCGAUCACAUCAUCGCCGCCGAGAAACGCCUUCUCUCCCUCGUCAAGACUCCAUAUGUGCAAGAACAAGUCAAUAUAGGUUCAGGUCCCCCUGGUUCUAAAGUUAGAUGGUUUCGUUCUUCGAGCAAUGAGCCAAGGUUCAUCAAUACAGUCACCUUUGAUAGCAAGGAAAGUUCCCCCACUCUUGUUUUGAUACACGGAUAUGCUGCUUCUCAGGGUUUCUUUUUUAAAAAUUUCGAUUAUCUCGCCAAUAAUUUCCGGGUCGUUGCCAUCGAUCAGCUUGGUUGGGGCGGAUCUAGCAGGCCUGACUUUACAUGCAAAAGUACUGAAGAGACUGAGGCAUGGUUUGUUGAUUCCUUUGAGGAAUGGCGUAAAGCAAAAAAUCUCAGUAACCUUAUAUUACUCGGACAUUCUUUUGGAGGAUAUGUUGCUUCUAAAUAUGCUCUUAAGCAUCCCGAACAUGUUCAACACUUAAUUUUAGUUGGCCCUGCUGGAUUUUCAACAGCAGAAUCUGAUAGCAAAUCCGAGUUGGUAACCCAGUUCAGAGCAACAUGGAAAGGGGCAAUUUUGAAUCAUUUGUGGGAGUCUAACUUUACUCCUCAAAAACUCAUAAGAGGUUUAGGUCCUUGUGGUCCAAAUCUUGUACGCAAGUAUACGGCCGCUAGGUUUAGUCCUAAAUAUUCAGCUGAGGGUGUACUGACAGAGGAGCAGAAUAGACUUCUAACAGAUUAUAUGUACCAUACUUCAGCUGCCAAAGCAAGUGGAGAGCUGUGCUUAAAAUAUAUAUUUGCUUUUGGAGCAUUUGCUCGGAAGCCCCUUUUAAACAGUGCAUCCGAGUGGAAAGUUCCGACGACAUUUGUAUUUGGGAGUGAAGAUUGGAUGGACUAUAAAGGAGCCCAAGAAGCUCGCAAAAAGAUGAAGGUCCCAUGUGAAAUUAUCAGGGUUCCUCAGGCUGGACAUUUCGUGUUCCUUGAAAAUCCAGAUGGAUUCCAUUCAGCCAUGUAUGCUUGUAGGCGAUUUCUUUCACCUCACCCUGAUACUCAACCCUUACCUCAAGGCUUGGAAUCAGCUUAGAAGCAAAAUAUGCUGUAGAUUCUUCACAAACUUGUUGUAUAAUACAUAAUUACAAGGUUCCAUUAUUUUGUACGAUUCUUUGUCUCUAUAAAUUUCAUUUUCUAUCUUAAACC